UAAUCAACAUGUCAAGCUGUCUCAUCUAUCUAUCGAUGUGUCUGGCUAUAGGCACAUCAUUGGGUGUAAGGGCCGCGGAUGAUGAUUUUCAGGGGAAACCAAUUACCGAGACUUGUUUGAUUUGCAUGUGUGAGGCACUCAGUGGCUGUAAUGCCACAGCGGUUUGUGUAAAUGGAGCUUGUGGCAUCUUUCGCAUAACCUGGGAUCAAUGGGUCGAUUCGGGACGUCUGGUCGUAGAGGGUGACACAGCUCUCUCAGACGAUGCCUUUCCGAAUUGCGCCAAUAAUCCGCGUUGUGCUGCCGAUACGCUUCAAAGUUAUAUGGUUAAAUAUGGCCAGGAUUGUAAUGAUGAUCAGCAGGAGAAUUGCUUGGACUAUGGCGCCAUUCAUUAUAUGGGUCCGUUCAAUUGCAAAGCCGAUAUGCCCUAUACAUAUGAGAGUAUAUUCAAACGAUGCCUAAAGGGAUCCCAAAGGGAACAACAACAAAGAAAUUUGAAUUAAUGUCAUUUCAAUCAAUUGUGAAAAUUUAUUCUAGGAAAAACCAAAAGGUUCGAAGGGAAGAGAGACCACACAAUUUAUGUGUGAAAACUAUUGCAUCUUAACUUAAGCAAUUCGCCCACUUGAUUCCGGCUCAGUUGUGUGGUUAACGUCGACGGCGUCAAGUUCUCGGUUAGUUAAAAACAACUUCAACUUGCCUUAGGGAAAAACCAGCCAAUUGGCUAAACAUAUACAUUUACAUUUAUAUCAAAUAUCCGAAGCACUUAUCAUAAUUAUAGCAAAAUGUUUACCAGUUUACGUUUCUUGAA